AUGGAGAAGGACGAGUUUGUCGCCGUCACCCCGGGUAUGAUGGUCGAUGAGACCGCACCCGAUAACACCCUCAAGCAGCUGCGCAACCUCAAAGAACACCAUCAUUGGGAUCCUAACUUGCCCGAUGAUGUUGUCGACGAACUCGAUGAGGCCCUGGGCACGAACGACAAACGCACCCAGGAAGUGAUCGCGCAUGAGCUCCUGGACAACUCUCCCUACCCUGAAGUUCGUGCUGCCGUUUCCAAUAUCGAUGAGGGUGGGAACUGCAACACCUUGCGCGCCUGGGUGAUUGGACUGAUCUUUGCUACCAUCGGGUCUGCCCUGAACAUGCUGUUCUCCAUGCGUCAGCCAUACAUUGUCAUUCCUUCAUACAUCGCACAGGUCGUCGCGUACCCCGUCGGGAAGGCAUGGGAGAAGUUUAUGCCUAAACACACAUUCAGAGUCUUCGGUCGUGAAUUCCAACUCAAUCCCGGCCGUUUUACGAAGAAGGAGCACGCGAUUUCGGUCAUCAUGGCUAACGCCACGUUCGGUGGUGGUGCCGCUUACGCAACGGAUGUGCUCUUGGCUCAGCGUGCCUUCUACGGGCAACACUUUGGCUGGGGCUUCGAGAUUCUCAUGUGUGUCUCUACCCAGAUGAUGGGCUUUGGCAUGGCUGGCUUCUUCACCCGCUUCCUGGUGCAGCCUGCCGCCAUGAUCUGGCCUUCUACUCUCAUCAAUGCGUCUCUCUUCACUGCGCUUCACGAUCGCUCCAAACCAGACCCAGCCAAGACCGCUGGCUGGACCAUUGGUAAGUACAAGAUGUUCUUGUACUGUAUGUUGGGUUCAUUCUGCUGGUACUGGUUCCCCGGCUAUAUCGCUCCGUUCCUGAGCAUCUUCGCCUGGAUCACCUGGAUCAAGCCCCAGAACGUGAUCGUCAACCAGCUCUUCGGUGGUUCCACCGGUCUCUCCCUCCUCCCCAUGACAUUCGACUGGACACAGAUCUCCGGAUUCAACUUCAGUCCGCUGAUUGCCCCGUGGUACGCCAUCUCCAAUACCUUGAUUGGCAUGGUCGUCUUCUUCCUCAUUGUCACACCCGCCAUCCACUACUCCAACCUCUUCUACGCCCAGUACCUGCCCAUGAGCGACUCUAACAGUUACGACAAUACCGCCGUCCGUUACAAUGUCUCCCGCAUCUUGACUCCCGAUUACACCUUCGACCCCGUCAAAUACGAAAAUUAUUCCCCCCUCUUCCUUUCCACCACUUUCAUGCUCGCUUAUGGUCUGUCAUUUGCCAGUAUCAUUGCUGUUCUCGUCCACGCCGGUCUUUUCCACGGAAAGGAUAUCUGGGCUCGUUUCCGUCGCGUCGGUAGAGAGGAGGAGGAUGUCCACGGCCGUCUCAUGGCUAACUACAAGGAGGUUCCUCUCCUGUGGUACGGUAUCGUCACCAUCUCCAUGACCGCUAUUGGCUUCGGCGUUACCCUGGGGUACCCGACCCAUCUGAGCUGGUGGGCGUUUAUCAUCGCCCUGAUCAUCGCGGUCGUUUGGUUCGUUCCUAUUGGAAUCAUCAAGGCUGCUACCAACAUCGACAUCGGUCUCAACGUUAUCACUGAGUUCAUCAUCGGUUACAUGCAGCCCGGUCGUCCUAUGGCCAUGAUGUUGUUCAAGACUUAUGGUUACAUUAGCAUGUACCAGGGAAUGUACUUCACCCAGGAUUUGAAAAUUGGUCACUACAUGAAGAUCCCCCCUCGUGUGACUUUCUCUGCCCAGAUGAUCGCCGGUCUGUGGUCCUCCCUCGUCCAAAUCGCCACCAUGAACUGGGCCCUCGGUUCAAUCAAGGACGUCUGCACCCAGUUCCAGCCCAACCACUACACUUGUCCAAAUGGUCGCGUGUUCUUCAACGCCUCCGUCAUCUGGGGUGUCAUCGGGCCCGCCCGCAUGUUCUCACCGGGCCAAUUGUACUCCCCCCUGAUGUGGUUCUUCCUCGCCGGCGCCGGCCUCCCCGUCAUCCUCUACUUCGCCGCCCGUCGCUUCCCCAGGAGCCCGGUCAGGUACCUCAGCGCGCCUAUUAUCUUCGGCGGUUCCGGUUUGAUUCCCCCCGCUACGCCCCUGAACUACCUCACCUGGGGUAUUGUUGGCUUCGUCUUUAAUAAGUACAUCCGUGACCGCUGGCGCGGCUGGUGGAUGCAGUACAACUACGUCCUGUCCGCUGGUCUGGAUGUUGGUCUCGCUUUGUGCACUAUUUUGAUCUUCUUGACACUCAACUUGACCAAUCAUCCCUUCCCUGAGUGGUGGGGAACUAGAAUCGCUAGUGGCACCAUGGACGUAACUGAUAAAGCCAUUCGCCAGCCUCUCGCUGAGGGUGAGACUUUCGGUCCCACCAAGUGGUAG